UAAGGAUUAGAUCUAUAUCCAGUUUCUAUUGACUUGUGUUGGAUGUGGAUUUUAGCUGGAUGUUUUUAAAUGGUUGUGAUGUUUCUUCAGCGGCUGUUGGUGACAGCCGUGGUUGUACAGUUGUGACAUACAUCAGCGGCUGUUCCUGACACUUGUGUCAACCAGUUGUGACAGACCUCAGCGGUUGUACUCUGGCCUUUGAUGGGGUCCAACUGUUCCAGAAUCGUCGCCAAAAAUCUGAAAGACGAGCUAUGGUCCUACACGGCUCUGUCCGGGCUGCUCUUCCUCCACAUCGGCAUUGUCCUCAUGGUGUACGCCCUCAAGCGAGCCACGCCCCACUCGACGGUCCUCAAGGCAUUCGGCAUAGGCCUCAUCGUCCUGGGGGUCAUGGCCACCCUGGCCUCCUGGUACGCUCACAGACAGCACCGUCUGCAGCGGGACCUCUGCCUGUGCUGCGUCUGCUGUUCGCGGCACAAAGGACGGUCGGUCGGCGCCGACCUUGGGGCGGGGGAGGGCGUGGACAGCGGGCACUCGCGGAAAGGAGGUCACGUGACGGGCAAAUCUAAAGACAAAAAAUCUCCGUCCGUGCCUGACAAUACGAUCAAACUUUUCUCGGCGCCGGAGUUUCAGAGGUACGCCGAGUUUAUCAACGGGACCACGGCUGGUGUCCAGCCUAAGACGGCCAGACGUGAGUCACAUCGCCAGAAGACGGCCGUCCAUCCCCAGCGACCACAGGCUCUUCCACAGACAGAGCUUCAUGUUAACCCAAGGACGUUACAGAGGGAUCAUCCCCGCGCUCAACUACCAGCUGUUGCCAGUCCCAUUUUGUUAAAACUUUCCCACUGAGUGAAGCGACGUCAUUUCCUGGCAUCACAGCGCCACUAGUUAGAGCCUCAUCGAAGAAGUAGCGGGCCACUGAACGAGCAUACGGACUAUCAGUUUAUGUGGAGUUACAAUCUCGAAUGGCAAGUCCAACAGUUACGCCACCCGCUCUGGACCUAGAUCCAGACUAUGUUGUGCCAGAUAAAAAAGAUACUGUUUUAAGACAACUCAAGUUUUAUUUGGCCCAUUCUUCAGUGAAUCUGUACAGAUAUUUAUUUUUUUAAAUUCUCCUAAUUCCGAGUAAAAUUUAGACCUACUCUAUACCAUUAUCAUUAAUAAUUGUUAAAUUAAUAUUCACAAGAACGCCAUUGAAACCACCGUAACAAUGUUUCUUGUGCUGUAAAUCGGCAAGCCUUCCAACGGCGUAACUACAUUUUGUUACGCUCAUGCCACC